UAUUUUAUUUGCUUAUAUAUUUUUUAUUUUCUAUUUAUAUAUUCUUUAUAUUAUUGCGUUCUUCAUACUAUUUGUGUAAUUUCUUCCAUCUAAUAAGUGGAUGUUUUUGCUUGAAAAUUUUAUUGUUAAACAAAUUCAACUGCACCCAAACUCUCUUAACGAAAAUUCCUCAACAUUUAGUUUUUUGAUACUCAUAAAAUCGCUUUAAAAAUCAUUUUAAUUAUUAAAAAUAAUAUCCUUAUCAAUUUCCAAUUUACCACAAUACUUCAAAUCAAUUUAUUGUUUUUUUUUCAUAUUGAAAUUGUUUUUGGUAGUCAGAGAAAACUAUCUAUCCUGCCAAUAGAAUAUUAAUAUACUAAUUACUGCUCGUCACGAAAACUUAUAAUUGCUUUCAUGUCACGCCAUUUGUCACACACACAUAUCAUAUGUACAUAUGUACACGUAUAUACCAGUAUUUAUAUAUGAAUGUAUUUCCAGCAAGUUAAAUAAAAAACUUUCAAAUGAUUAAUAGUUAGAGACAUACAUAUACUCGUAGUAUAAUCAAAGCCGAUUAUCAACGGUCAAUGUGAGUGCCUGUGAAUACCCUAUGCGGUAUGAUUGCCUGAUUGAACUGCUGAUUGUAGAGACAACACGUUGAUUGCAGUUUGACUGUUCAGCAAUUUUUAGACAGUAGCCUGUGGGAAGCUGUAUCGAAUGCAUUUUGGUAGUUGAGAUGAAGGGGAAAAAAAUGUUCAAUGAAAGUUCCUCAAAAAAAAAAUAAUAAUAAUAAUAAUAUUUAGCUAAAUAAAAUUAUUGAAAAAAAACAAAAAGGAUUUAGUUUUUCAACUGGCUGUUUCUGCUUUGCGGUUACAAAAUAUUUAAAGCUUGACGAUCACUAACAGUAUUCUGCAAGAAACCAGAAAAACCAGAGGGAGAAUUAUGCUAUCACGUAUAUUUGAGUUUGCAAACAGUAGAAUAUGUCUGAGCUUUCAUCAUUGAAAGCGUUACUUACUUCUUGGGGUCUGCCGGAGUUAUUUGCACAAUUUCAAGAUGAAAGCAUUGACAUCGAAGAGCUAAAAAUGAUGAAAAGCCAACACAUUACUGAGUUCCUACGUUCUCAUAAACUCGGCACACGCAUACGUUUUGAAUAUCAUUUCGAGCGUUGGCGUCGUGAUCAGAACAAGCCUUUAACAGAUCCGGUGAUGCCGAAUUGCACACAUACACAUUACGCAUGCUCAACGCCGUCACACACAACAGACUUGUUGAGGCCCGAAGCAAGGGAAUCUACUGUUGCAAGUAAUAAAAAUCUACAAACACGUGCUACCAACACAGCAGCGGUGUCUUACGUCAGUGUAGCGACGAAUACUACAGCUGAAUUGACAUUUAAAGCGCCAAGACUUGAUAAAACACCAACGCCGCCACCCCCGCCGCCACCGCCACCGCCACUAUCAAUACAACUACCACCGCAGCCGCCACCAGCACCACUACCGACGAUAUCACCAAAGCUAUCGCCCCCGAAAGUACUACCAUCAGCACCACUACCGCCGUUAUCUAAACCUUCGUCACCAACACCGCUUCCGGCUAUUAAGAAUUCGUUACGUGAAAUGCCGAGACGUAGUGUACGUCAGGUCAGCAGCAGUGUGUUGGAGGUAAGUGGCAUGGUGGAGAUACCGAAAGCAUUUCUAUUAUCACCAACAACAACAACAUCAACAACAACAGCGACAACAACGACAGCGACAGCCAUGACAGCACCAACAAUAACAACACCAGCCGUCACAACGACGUCAACAUCCAAUGGGCGCCGCUUUUCGGUGCCAUUCACCGACGAUCCGGACGACGAGCAUUUGGAUAAUGGCCCAAUCUUGCAUAUUAUCAACUCAUCCGGCGCCAAGGGUCAGUCUCUGCUCGAUUACUAUGCGCAACAUAAGAAGUUUACCAACACACAACGGUCUCUCCUCAUACAGUUGAUUGUGAAUUUCUUCGAUAUGCAUGAAUAUCAUUUAUCGCUGAAGCUCAGUCACAAUUUGGAAGAGCAGAUACUGCGUUUGUUCCCGAGCGAAAAAUUGCAUUACUAUCGCACGGAGAAACGUGGCAAAAUCUAUGUGAAAUUCUGUAAUAUGAAACGUUACAAACGUGAUAGACCAGCGGCGAAACGCAGGUGUUUGGAUGCAGAGGAUGGUGCUGUUGAGAAUGGUGGAGGCGCUGACGGUGAAGCCGCGGACGGUGGUAUGGUAAUGGAGCCAGAGGUUGGCAUUGAAUGUGAUGAUGACGAGGAUGACAAUGUGGAUUUCAUAUCCUGGCAACAACUCAUGCAGCAGCCAGAAGGUGAGGUGCAAGUGAAGACUGAAAUGUUAGGCGAAAGUGAUUACCAAUGACUGGGGUUCCUUGGCAACUUCAAGCGAAAGUUGUACGAAUAAUUACACAUUCAAAGUAAGAGAACUUCAAAAUAUUUUUCACGCCAGUUUUAGGUGUUAACCAUGAAUUCCAUUACUUUAUAUUAUUUUUAAGCGCAGUUAAGGUUAGAUUAGACGAAAGUUUAUUUUCCAAUUUGAAUUGUAACAAUUUAUGUGAGGUAAGAGCUUAGAUGAGAUAUCUGUAUAUGACUAAAGAUAAUAAAGUCUUUUGAAUAACUGC